AUGAUCAGCACUGUUGGUAGCGGAGAGGUGAUUGAUGCUGGCAACAGCUCAUCCAUGCUCCAGCUGUCCACGGAGGUGAGCAGCAAGACUCAGCUUUGGGAGUUUUUACCGGCUCCGGGAGGAUGGUUGAAGAUCAGGAAUGUCGGUAGCGGCCAGCUCAUGAUGGUCUCGAGCGCUUCGCAAGAUGCCGGUGCUACAGUGGAGCAGGAUGAAGAUUAUGGUGACGAUGGCCAGUUGUGGAGGGUGCAGGAUAUGGAGGGGAGUGGGCAGUUCUUGAUCAGGAACAAGGCAACCGAUGUGGUGGCAAGUGUAGAUGGGCAGAUGGUUGUGCAACAGGCUGCACUGAACGGAAGCACAAGCCAACUGUGGAAGUUGCUUGCUUCUGUGCCGCCUCCUUGA